UAAAAAACAGGAGAGGAAAAAAUACAAAAGAAAAACAAUGAGGGUCAGGGCUUCCCUUGCCAGAGCAGAGAGAGAGAGAGAGGGGGGGAAGGAGACGUUGGGUCAGAGCAGGUAGGUGCACUUUCAAUGCAGCUGCGUUUCCACUGCCCUCUCCCAAAUUCGAAAUGGAUAGCCGUUGCCUGUAACAAAGUAACCUGUGACUUGAAAAACACCUAAUUCCUCUGUUACAUUUCUUGCAAUCUUACCUGAUAGAAAGUUACAGGUUGAGACUUUGUUACCUGUAACAUUUCUCCCCCAAACACAAACUGUAAGAAAGUCACCUGUAACUUUUUUACAUUGUACUCAAGUUACAGGCAUCCAAACGGCCCUAAGGGACGAUAAAGAUGGCGAAAGAAUCGUGCUCCGAAAGGAAUGCUUUUGAUAUUUUAAAGCAAUUGGAGCAUAUAUUAGAAUCUGAUCCUCUCAUACCUACUACGUUUGGCUCCCUCUCUGGUGGAUCUGCUGUACAUUGUUGCAGAUAUGCUAUACAUUGUUGCAAAUCUGCUGCGUGCUGCUGAUGAUUAGAAGGACCCGCAUUGUUGCAACUACGCCAUGCAUUUGUAGGAGGCUGAUAUUCCAUUCGACCAGACAUCGACCAACCCAGGACGAAGUAGGGUUUGUUCACCCAUCCCAAUUUUUGGCACUGAGUGGAGGCUCAGAUGCUUCAUCCCAAUCACCUGUCAGCAAUGUCCAUUCAACAGAUGGGAUCAGCACUACAGGCAUAUCAGAGGCCGGUGUUAUGCAGUAUGAUUAUACCAUUUUCUGGAACAGAGAUCAUAAACUGGCCAUCUCAACACAGGUGUUACUUCCCUUGUACAAGGCUGCCAUGCAUGCAUUUAUGGCUGUGGCCAAAGAAUAUAGGAUGGUAAUCAACUUACUAGAAGAUACAGAUUCAUUUGUCAAUGAAAGUGCAGGAGAUAAUUCUUCAGAUUCCAAAAGAAUUCUUGAAAAUGAACUCAUGAGGCAUAGUAAAGCUCUUUUGGUACUAAGUGGUGACUUUGGAACUGCAUGGAAUUCCAGGAAGCUGGUAGUCUCAAGGAAGGAAAGUUACUCAUUACUAAUGGAGGAACUGCAGUUAUCGGCCCUCAUUCUCUCAUAUUCGCCAAAAAGUGAACAUGCCUGGAGUCAUAGGCGAUGGGUGGUCAAGAUGAUUGCUGGAAAAUAUUGGAAUCUGCAGGAGUUAAUGGGGAAAGAAUCUGAACUAGUCGAGAAAAUAGCUGAGAAAUCAAGAAUGAAUUAUCGUGCAUGGCAUCACCGUUCCUGGCUUGUUACCUACAUGACGAAAAAACAGGUGCUAGAUGAGUUGAACGAGUCAAGAAGAUGGGCUGAGUUACAUGUUGCAGAUAAUUGCUGCUUCCACUAUCGCAGACGACUAAUGCUUCAAUCGCUAGAGGGAAAUUACUCGAAGGAAAGCCCAUCAUUUGUUUUCAAGUCGGAACUUCUUAUGGUGUGGAAGGAGGAGCUCAACUGGGAUGAGCUGUUGAUAAAACGUUAUAUAGGAAGAGAGGCUCUAUGGGUUCAUCGCCGGUUCCUCUCUCAAUGUUGGAUUAACCAUUUCAUGGCUGAUCAAAGUGCACUUUGCCAGCAUUCGGAAAACUACAACUUAGAUUCUUUCCUAAACAAUGAGCUACAACUCCUACAUUCUUGCUUAAGUGUUUCUGAUAAUGAUUUCGAAGAUAAAGGCAUGCACGCACAACUAGCAGCUUCUUAUAUACUGUGGAUAUGGAAGCUUCUAGGGAGGGAGAUUCAAGAGAAGCACAAGGAAUUAGGAGAGCUAAAGACCAUAUUAAAUAAGGUAUCCCCUGAAAAGGCAUCCCUUUGGGAGGCUUUAAUUGAAUGAGUGCUCUUCACAGCAUCCCCGAGGUAAGAAAAAGAUGCCUUUGUAGAUGAUCUGUUGUAGAAAUUCUGCCGUUGUUUGUUUAUUACGAGCUGUGCAAUUGUAACACAGGUUUAUCAAUAGGAUGUCUUUUCAAUGGGGAAUGGUACUAUAAGAGGCAUCAUCAGGAGUUGGUCAUGACCCACCAUGUUAAUUACAAUUGGAGGACUUGGCUGUGGACCAUUUCCCUGUUUGCAAGUGACAAAUCAGAUGGUUAGGAUUGUCUGGUGAUUGUAUUAAUCCACAUUUGUCCAAAACUUAACCAAAUUGUCCAAACUAUGGGGAGUGGCAGCUUGGUAGAGGAACAGUGCGACGGCCACCUUGGGUGGAAGGUGAUGAUCCAGUCUUUAUCUA